AUGUCAUACCUUAUCUUCGCUUUCGUACUCCUCUAUGCCGUUGCUUUCACAAACAGCCAAAUCAUGGCCGGAGGAAGAAUGGAUCAAAACCCUAAUGAUCCAGAGUAUAUGGAGAAGGCGUGGAAAGCUGCAAAAACGCUAAACGAGGAUUCUGCUGCAAAUUCUGGUCCUUACGUCAUGAGGCCCAUCAAGGUUAGUGUCGAAUGCCGAAAUCUCAAUAUUGGAAUUUUGAGAAAAUAUGGCCGAUAGUC